CCCUCCGGCCGUUGAAAUGUCUGCUUCUCGCGAGAAUACGGCGGACGGCGCGCGGUGACGGGAUUUGGAGCCCGGAGAGCGGGGAUUGUGUGCGGAGAGCCGCCAUUGCUGUAGACCGGAGGGGGGAGGGGCUUGUACCGGACAGACGGUGGCGGGUUUUGUGGCUAUGGCCUCCGGGGACACGCUGUACAUCGCGGCGGACGGCUCGGAGAUGCCGGCGGAGUUGGUGGAGCUCCAUGAGAUAGAAGUGGAAUCGAUCCCGGUGGAGACGAUAGAGACGACGGUGGUGGGGGGAGGGGAGGAGAUAAUGAUGGAGGACGAGGAUGAUGAUGAGGACGAUGAUGACGAUGAAGAUGAGGACGAUGAUGAGGAGAGUACCGGAGGAGGGGGCGGCGGGGGCCCUCCGCUCCAUCACCCGCCGAUGAUCGCCCUCCAGCCUCUGGACGAAGCCCCUCACCACCAGGAGGUGAUCCUCGUCCAGACCCGGGAGGAGGUGGUCGGUUCCGAGGAUCUCCGCCCGGAGGACGGCUACGACGAUCAGAUUCUGAUCCCGGCUCCCGGUACCGGAGAUGAGGAUUAUAUGGAGCACAGCCUGCUGACCUCCGCCGGGAGGAGCGGGACGCACCGGGGGAAGAGGAGCGGGGGAGGGAAGAGGACCGGGAAGAAGAGCGGAUAUCUCACCGGCACCGAGCCCCGGAAAUGGGAGCAAAAACAAGUCCAGAUCAAAACCCUGGAGGGCGAAUUCUCCGUCACCAUGUGGGCCUCCGAUGAUAAAAAGGACAUUGACCAUGAGACGGUGGUGGAGGAGCAGAUCAUCGGAGAGAACUCUCCUCCCGAUUAUUCCGAGUACAUGACCGGGAAGAAGCUGCCCCCCGGAGGAAUCCCGGGCAUUGACCUCUCCGAUCCAAAGCAGCUGGCCGAGUUUGCCAGAAUGAAGCCUAGAAAAAUCAAAGAAGACGAUGCGCCAAGAACGAUCGCUUGUCCUCACAAAGGAUGCACCAAGAUGUUCAGGGAUAACUCCGCCAUGAGGAAACACCUACACACCCACGGGCCGCGGGUCCACGUCUGCGCCGAGUGCGGGAAAGCCUUUGUGGAAAGUUCAAAACUAAAGCGACAUCAACUGGUUCAUACUGGAGAGAAACCAUUUCAGUGCACAUUUGAAGGCUGUGGAAAGCGAUUCUCAUUGGACUUCAAUUUGCGCACGCACGUGCGGAUUCACACCGGGGACCGGCCCUAUGUUUGUCCCUUUGACGGCUGCAACAAGAAAUUUGCCCAAUCCACGAAUCUGAAAUCUCACAUUUUAACACACGCCAAAGCCAAAAACAACCAGUAAGACUUUUUGGAAAGACGUGUCACCCAGUGCAGCGUUGUGAUUGGUGUAUAAUCAGAAUACGCCCCUCCCCCCUUUGUAUAUGAAUUCCCAGGAUACAUUUUAAGAGGUUCUUCGUCUCAGAGACAGUUUUGAUAAAGUUCUGUAGUGAAUUCUUCAACGGACGCGGACUUUACAAUCCUGUGCUUAUCAGGUUCUGCCCCCUCCGCCCCAUUUCAGAGUGUUUUUGUUUUGUAAAGUCCCCCCCCACCCCGGCCUGAUCCUGCAGAAGAGUAAGUACCCCUCCCCCCCUGACGUCACCCCUGGGCGCUCACCUCUUGAAUUAUUUUUUUAUUUUAUUGUAUAUUUUCCCGGUGUGCAUAUUGUACACUUCUUGGGGACGGAUGUGAUUGAGGACUUUGCUUGCAGUAGACGCGGACACUUACCGUACUCAAAGCAUACUUCAUUCUUCAAUACUUCAAAAGUAUUUUUUUCCUGCAAGAAAAUAACGAGAAAAAAAAAAAUAGAAAAAAAAGAACAAAAAAAGUUUCUAAUAGGUUUUUGUUUGCUCUUCAUUUGGUUGUAUUUUUAGAUGUUCCACCUUUUUGUAUAAUUGUACCGUAUAUCGCUGUAUGAAUCAUGUAACACCUCGUAGUAGAUGUGAUUUAAGGUAGUGUUGAUUAAAUCCAUUUUAGUGCAUUUCUGGGGGUGGGGGGGAUGGUCAGCCGCCGAGGGGGGGGGGCGGGGUUUGUUUGCGGAGGAGAGUGGCAUAGAUCUGAUUUUAGGAGGUUUUUGUUUGUUUUUUCGCCAUUCAUUGCAUAGCUGCUUCUCUGUGAUCGGCCUCGGGGGGGUUGCUCUUUACCGGAUCCCCCCCCCCCUCCCUCGUAGUCCCUGUAGUGCCUUUAUUCCCAUUUCAGGAGGAGUACAAAUGGGCUUGUGGUCACAAAUCCUUUUGAUGGGAGCUGCCAUUCAUGUAAGUGACCCCCUAACAACCUGCUUCCCUUUCAGUGCCUGUCGAUCCUGCCAGAAAUCCUGUGCCCACCAUCUUUCCUGUGCUGUCACUUUGUGCCCAACUACAGCAUCCCCCCCCUCUGAUAUGGGGAAGGGGGUGUUUGUAGCCCUGCCCUGGGCGACCACACAGCUUCUUGCAUGUAUGAUGAGCGUGCGUUGUCACCCUCAGACAGGAAGUCUGGUACUGGCCGGAACCACCCAAUAAAAACUGCCCAUCGAUCGCUGUGCAUGCUGCAAAUCACUGGACUAGUCAUUCAUUCACCGAAUGUCUUGUGUGGGAAUACAAGGGGUUCCCUGAUUGGAUGAGGUGGAGACUGUGAUGUCACUGCCUUUCCUCUCCCUGCGGUUAGUGUGCAGAGGGGAAGCUGCUAUAUUUGUAGUAUCACGGACUACUACAGUCGUCUUCAGCUUCCACAUCGAUCAAUCGGCUAUGAGAGACGUCAGUCGGCGCUGUGCGUUCUGUUCCUGGGAUUGGAACCGCCAAACCUCCCAAGUCUUUCACCAUCUUUCCUGUGAAUGGCAGCUUGCAUCGAAGGCUUUUAGACUGCCGCUCCCUCUAGCGCCCGCCACUGGUAUGAAGGCUGUACUACACAGGUGAAUGGGCUGUGCUUGUAAACCCCUCCCCUACACCCCUGGCCCCUCCCAGAAGUCAUGCAUUGUUGAUUCUCUUUCCUCGACCGUGGCGGGUGUCUGUCCCCCCGGGUGGUGGCGGGUGUCUGUCUGUCCCCCAGGCGGUGGCAGGUGUCUGUCCCCCCUCCCAGGCGGUGGCAGGUGUCUGUAUCCCCCCCCCCCCCCAAGGCGGUGGCGGGUUCUUGUCCCCGGCAAUGCUUCUAUCACAUUAUUGUAGCUGUAUAAUGGAACUAAUGUACAGAUAUAUAAUGAGGGUGUGCUGCAGGUGAUGGGCGUUGGGGGAGGCGGUCUGUGGCGGCAUAUGCCCGCCCCCAUCCGGUCCUAAUUCAGAAAGCAACUGCAUGGAGACUCUGCAUGAGGCUGUUCCUCUCCUCCCAUCCCCCCAUCAAGGUUUUACCGAUUUACAUUUCUCCACCUCGCUGAGCGUUUUAUUCAGAAUGAAAUCUGCAGAUCGGAUCCUUCGGAUUGGUCUGGACUGUCGGUCAAGAAAGUUUCUUUCCUGUGUUCCUCUCAGACACCGGGCGUACUUUUUGUAUUUUAAUACUGUAAAUACAUUUAUUUCCCAAAAACAA